ACGUACACACACACACAAACACGUGCUCUCACUCGGGUAUAUAAACCCAGCCGCGCAUCCACGUGGCUCAGACCACACUUCGCCUCUCUGCCUCUGUGCUAGCUACGCGUUUGGUGCUGUUUCUGCUGCCGGCGCUGCUGUUUGUGCCGCUGUUAGUGGUGGUGGUGAUUGUUGGAGCUGCUGCUGGUACGGCUGUCAGUGCUAGCGGUGCUGUUGCCUCCGCUGCUGUUGGUGGUGCUGCUACUGCCGGUACUGGUGCUCGUGCCGGUACUGGCUACAGGUGGUGGGUGAUUCCUAGUGGUUGUGCUGUCACUUGCUGGCGGUAGUGCUGCUGCUACUGCUGGUGCAGGCGUCUCCUCGCAACUGUGGGACUUUGCUGACUGAGCCAUGCGACUGUGCCUGUACGCAGCGCUUGUGUCCGCCCUGGUGGCUCAACUCCUCGCUGGGGACGCAGCAGCCGCGGGGGGUCCUGCCGCCGGGCGGACUCGCACCAAGAGAUGCUCCUGCGCGACCUUCCUCGACAGGGAGUGCAUCUACUACUGCCACCUCGACAUCAUCUGGGUCAACUCGCCCGAGAAGACGGUGCCGUACGGCGUCGGGAGCAGAGGCCGAUCGCGCCGCCACGUGGAUCCCAGGGACCCCGGCCGGCCUGGCGGCAUCGGCGUCAGUACCACCGACGGCACCGGCGGAGCGAGAGGCAGCGGAGGAACAGAUGAAGGAGGAGCAGCAGCAACAACAACAGCAGCAGCAGCAGCAGCAGCAACAGGAGGAGGACAACGAUGCCUCUGCCAAGACACCACAGACACCGCCUGCUUGACCUUCUGCAGACCCCGGACGCUGCUCAUUGGGGAAGGACGGAAACAAACAUGAGACGUAGCCGCGCCACCAAACGCCUUCAUCAGUCCCGAGGCGACAAGCCCUUGGCGAGCCUGGUCAACGGGGGUUUCCAUCACAAACGCUUUGAACACCAAACGCUGGGCCCCGGACUCCAACCCCUCCGCCCCCGGCCCAGCCCACCCCCCGCCACGUGAGUGUUUUGGAAACUCGGGGAAGAAGUAAAAAUAAAAAAUAUUGAUGAAAAGGGUUCCACGCGCGGCACGCGGUGGUGUCACCGCGACCCGCCACGGUGCUACUCGGCCCGGGUCAUCGUGUUUUCGAGAGCGAGUCGUUCGGAUGGAUCGUCGGUGCGGUGUCGCCGGUGCCGGACGCGCGGGGCCAGGAGACCCAGCGGAGUGACGUCUGUCCGGCAUCACGCGCUCCGAUUUUUAUUAUAUCCCUCCCCCCCCCCCCCUCACCCCCUAUCAAGAUGCAAAAAUAACGUCGCCAAGUCCUUUGUUGUUGACCCGAAGCGUAGGAUCUGCAUCCCAAGACGUGGGAAGAUCCGUCCACAAAGGAUACGGCCGCAGCUAUGCAUGCCGUAUUUUUGUUUGAAGGAACGUUGGUUCGCAAUUUCACGCCCGACGUGGAGCCGAGUACGCCAACAGUGGUGCUCUUGUUGGUCGUGUCUCGAGAAUUUCCCCAAGGGGUUGUCAAAGGAGGAGGCGAUGCUUAAAAUAUGCUCCGUAAUUGUUACAUUAAUUUUUUUUGUUACAAUUUAUGUCGUGCCUUUGAUUCGUCCAAAAUAGCAAACGCGGUCAUUUAUUUAUUGUGUUUUUACAAAUAUAUAUUAAAGUAAGUGUGGUGCUCGAGUCACAAAAUAUUUCUUUAUAUAACCUGCAUUUUAAAGCGAACUCCUGUAAAGUGUUUAUUGAAAAGUUUUAAUUGUACCUUUUUUUAAUAAAGCCACUGCUUUACAAUUGCUAAACAUAUUUGGAGAAGUUUAAUAUGUUGCCUGCGAACAUCGCUCGGUUAAAGGGAAGUGACAUCUAAAUUUAAGUUCUGGCACAUGUCAGCAAACUAACAAUACAAUUUUAAGAAUUGCAACCUUACCCUUUUUUAUGAGAUACCAUUAAUCCAACACCUGCUCUCGUUAAUGAGCAUUCUCACCAGCUGCACGAAUAUCGAACAGACUAAGACGAUUCAGUAAUUCAUACAUACCGAACAUAAUUGGGUUUUUUACUUAAAGCUUUCGUUUUUUGUAUUUUUUUUGUUAUUUUCUUUGAACCUAUCUACGUGACUUUACCGAAACACCCAAAGAAUAUGAAUAUAUUUAGGUUCAUUUUCAGGUAGGAACAAAGCAACUAAGCCGCAACGUUAUCGGUAGCAAUUUCAGGUAAACCUGAAUUUGGCCGAGUUAUACGGGCUCGGGGUGGAGUAAAAGUGGUGGCCUAGUGGUUAGCACACUGAGAAAUAAUAUGCCUGGCGUGUGACCUUGGGCGUUUUAGGCGAUGGGCGGCUAUUCCUCCGUGGAGAGAAUCUGGGCGUGGGUGUCGGGGGAAACGAUUGACAAGGAUGCGCUAAACUGUUCGUGUUCCGUGACCGCAGUCUCGCAUCGCGGGUACGUUUUCUUUAAUCUGGCACGGUAAUAAUCGGAUUGCAGAUUACAGCGACGCGUUACUCGCCGUCACCGUUGACCUCUUCGCGACGUGUGACUGACCGGCUCGGGCAGCUUUGGCCAAGCCGCCGCCGCUAAUGAAACGCAAUUAGCAAGGGGAGCAUGAACACGAGAAGCAC